AUGUCAAAAGAUAAAUAUCAAAAACAUGGAGAAGCCGUUUUUUCAAAAUUAGAAAAAGUGAAUUCGGAAUUGUUAUCAUUAACAUAUGGGGCUUUAGUAAGCCAAUUGUUAAAAGAUUUAGAAUUAGUAGAUGAAGUUAAUGAACAAUUAGAAAAAAUGGGAUAUAAUAUUGGUAUAAGGUUAAUUGAAGAAUUUCUAGCUAAAUCUGAUAUUUCAUUUUGCGAAAAUUUUGAAGAAACUGUAGAAGUUAUAGCUAAAGUAGCAUUUAAAAUGUUUCUAGGAAUAAGUGGAACUGUUAAUUGUAUAAAUAGAGAAUCAAAUAUUUUUUCUAUAAUUUUUGACAGUAAUCCAUUAAGUGAUUUUGUUGAAUUACCAAAAUCAUUAUCUUCUCUAAAUUAUUGUAGUUUAUUAUGUGGUGUUAUAAAAGGAGCAUUAGAACAAAUUAGAAUUAAAGUUAAUUGUUACUUCGUUAAAGAUAUGCUAAAAGGAGAUGAUUAUUACGAAAUUUAUAUUCAACUCAAAGAAGUUAUGAAAGAAGAAAUUCUGAAUGAUGAAGAAUCAUAA